AUGUCCAUAUUGUUAGAUUUAUACAGUUGUGGAGACAGGGAUAGGAAGAAUGCUACAGAAGCAGUUCUUGAGGACGCUAGAAGAAGGUUCAAGAAGGAAAUUCUUCUGAAAACCAAGGAGGUGCAUCUGAUUGCCUUUGAAUUGAUUGACAACGCGUUGAAGGAGUAUGAGUUUGUGGACCUGGACGAAACAUUUGACGAACCCGCUGAGCUAGCUGCUGCUGCAGCUCUGGAUCGUCCAUUAGAGAGAAUUAGUGGGGAUACUUCAAAGCCAGUUAUGGACCAUCAUUUAGAUGAGCAACAUUUAGCGCUAAAGGAUCCUGCUCAGUUUAAAGUUAAUUUUAUUUCCUAGUCUUGACAUCAGUAGAGGCAAUUAAAUUAUAAUGUAUCUCACAAUUGUACUGUUUCUUUGAUUAGUUGCUUCAUCAACUCCCAAAAACCCAUCAAAUGAUAGUGAUGUUGGUCACGUCUGUA